ACCUCAAGCAGUUGCUGAUGCAGGUGUUAGAAGACCGUGGGUAAAAUCAAGAUCACACCAUGAACACCAGAAUGUGACUGCUCUCCCGGUUCAGCCCGAUAGACAAAAGACUGUAGACCCCUGUGAGAUCGACGUGAUACCUAACACCCCCGAGCGAAAACGUCCGAGACAAUCAACUCAACCAGAAGACAAGGAGCUCUGGGACGAGCAUUUUGCUCAAGCAUGGGAUGGAUGCGAUAUGAACGUCCAAUCUAAUGUGGAUCAGGAGAAGAAUUUAAAUCAACCCACAGACACUGUUGAAAACGUCGCAGAUUCAGAUGAUGAUGAUGCAGACAAGCUUCCUUCAAACCAGGAGGAAUACAAGAACCAGCAGCUGAACGACACAAACAAUGACAUUUUGAACACUAUUGUCAAGAACCAAGAAAGAAUUAUAGAGGACCAAGCACGUCAUAAACAGCAGAACGACGCAAACAAAGCCAUUUUGGACACUGUUGCCAAGAACCAAGAACAUCAUAAACAGCAGAACGACGCGAACAAAGCCCUUUUGGACACAGUAGCCAAGAACCAAGAAAGAAUUAUAGAGGACCAAGCACGUCAUAAACAGCAGAACGACGCAAACAAAGCUGUUUUGGACACUGUUGUUAAGGAGCAGCAGAAACACGGGAUCAUCCUUAAACAUAUUGUUGCGUUACUAAAACGUCAUGAUGGUGCACAUGCUAAGGCGGCCUGUGAUCAGGAAAUGACUGUAACGCUGUUAACUGAACUGCUGGAUCUUUUUAAAUAACUGUAUUGGUGAGUCCUAUUUUCUUUACCCAGUUUUUUUUUUUUCUAAGUGUGUAUUAUUUUUGUCACAAGUGUGCAUAGAUGUGGUUUUAUGAUUAGAUUUUUUCCUUCUUCUACGUUUAGUUGUGUGGUGUGUAUUUUGUGAAUAUUUUUAAAUAAAUUAGUGUUAGAAAUGGCUGCAAAACGUUGUCGGGAGUCAUGUGAUGGUGAACAAGAUCCACCGUUAAGGGGCAAUAGGGAUGAUAAUUUCCAAAAUCAACAAAACACCACAGAAAAGCUACUCAGGCUCAUACAGACUGUUGAUGAGAUGAAAAAACACAAGCCGUCUAAAUUGUUAAAAUUAAUAAACAGGGUACAAUCAAGGGCAGAGCCUCCUCCAGAACCGGUUUUUGAUUUUGAACAGUUUUUAAACUCUCAACAGCUAGACGAAGUGUCAGAACCAGUUUUUGAUUUUGAACAGUUUUUAAACUCUCAACAGCUAGACGAAGCCCCCGAACCAGUUUUUGAUUUUGAACAGUUUUUAAACUCUCAACAGCUAGACGAAGCCCCCGAACCAGUUUUUGAUUUUGAACAGUUUUUAAACUCUCAACAGCUAGACGAACUGUCAGAGCCUGUUUUUGAUUUUGAACAGUUUUUAAACUCUCAACAGCUAGACGAAGCCCCCGAACCAGUUUUUGAUUUUGAACAGUUUUUAAAUUCUCAACAGCCAGAUGAGG